AUGGAGAAUGUAAAAAAAUUUAAAGCGGCCAUUAACAGAUCGUUUGGUACUAAAGGAGGGAUUUUAGCCCAUGGAAUCAACGAUGGCCAAUUGAGCAGCUAUAUCAUGGGAAAAAUGCAAGAGUUCUCAUUAAGAGAUGGUAGGCAGAUGAUUGCCAGCUUAACCAUUGGGCGUCAACCAAAUUUGCGAUCUGUUAACGCGUUAGGGGAAUUUGUCGACGAAACAGAUCUGUCAGCUGUGGAAAGGAAAGUGGACGAUCCUGACACAGCAGUGUACAUUCUCAAUGAUAAAUUGCAGGUGCGUUUCCUACAGCAAGACGAUUUUAUGAUACUAUAUAGGUCUGUAUUAAACUGUCACUCAAUUUAUCCUCGAUAGAUUAACAAGGAUGGAGUGAUUCCAGAGCAGUUUUGGGAGCAUAAAUUCAUGGUGCCUUUUUUGAGGACAAUGCCUGCCGCAACGUCCGAUAAAAAGGUACGGAAUUUUCUACAUGGCCACGAAGUUUUCAUCGACUUGCCACUGCAAGAGUUCAACUGGGAACUUUUCAUAAGCAAGGCAAAGGGUUUCUUCAAAAAGAACUUUCUGCCGUUUAUUAUCCUUUUGAGUGGUGGAUUGGCUAUUUUCCAUUAUGAAAAAAUUCUUUCAUGCAUAGGUAAGAUUUAGAAAUGGAGAACCUUUUGUAUUGUAAAAGCACAUUUAUAAUAUUACUGGUUAGGCUGUUUUGUCCGCGCAAAUAUUUUUUAUUAAAACAACUCCGUUUUAGGUCUCUCUCUCUCGUUAUUUCGCCUUGCCGUUUUUUUAGAGCCUCCGGCUGGAGUCAGGUCUCGCGAUAUGGGUCGACGGACAAACCAUUAUUACUCCAGUUUACACCCUCGCUGUAACUGAAUAAAAGCAAUACUCUUUUCAGGUUCCUGCCCUGUUCCGACCGCCAUUGGGGAUCCCUCCAGUGGGAAAUCAACCGCAUUGAAGUUGAUAAGCCAGUUGGCUGGAAUGCACAUGGUUUCCCAGUCUUCUGGGGAAUUCAUUGUUUCUGGCUUGGUGAAUACGACAAUCCCGGUGUGCUGGGAUGAUCCAGCACUUCCGAGCAUGGUUCGUCAGCCUCUAGUUUCUGUGUUUGAUGGUCUUGGAAGUCAGACACAACUGCGUGGAAACGAGAAACCAUUGACUUCCUUUUUACUGACAGUGAAUUUCAAACUGGACGAUGACAUGAGGUACGUAUGGAAUAUUAUUUUAUGGACACCGAGAAUGUUCUGUACCAGUCAAUUCCAACUGCGAUUCCCCCCCCCCUGAGCCCGCCCCGUCGGGCAUUUGACUCUGUCCGCGGUUGCACAAAAUUGGUCAGCAGCGGUUGCACGCACAAAAUCGUAAUCAUCUGUUGGAAAAGAGCAUCUUUACACAUCUUUCACUCAUCUUUAUAAGAAUUCAUGCGAAAAAUUAUAUGUAAAUUUUACGUUUUAUAUAUAAUAUCAUUCAAUUUAAAUAUGCCUUUUCACCUUUGUCAUGAUAUAAUUAAUUUAUAUUAGUUGCGUUUUACCACUUUGACGUGGACGCAUUUAUAUUCCUUUCAUUACACAUUAAAUAUAAAAAGUCAUGGGUAUCUGGCUAGCCCGGACGGAGGGGCAAUUAACCACUUUUCCCCCCGCAUCCUGGGGAAUUUGACGACGGUUUUCGCCCACACAGUGGGGAAUUUGACCAAAUUUUCGAUGAUCGCAGUUGGAAUUGACUGGUACAUUACACUAGUAAAAUUAUAUUGUUCUCGCUUGUCAUUGAAUGAACGAAUGAUGUUUUUUUACCAGUGAAAAGACAUCGUUUCCCUUGUGAAAUUAUACCGUUCGCGUUUUCGUUUCAUCAGAUAUCUAUGAAAUUAUGGCCGAAAGUUGUUUUUUUCACAUUCGAGUCACAUUUUGUGCCAAGAAAGUCACCGUACUUUACCAGAGUCUCGAAGAGAUGUGAAUUUACUUGAAAGCUUUCUCAGAACAAAUGACAAGGAUAAGAAAAUUGAAUUCCGGCCGUGAAGCAUAACUUAUAACCGAGACAUCAGUCAGUUUGUUAAUAUGCAUAUAAGUUCCAAAAUAUAUUGAACUUUGAUUUUCUUUGUACGAAUUUGAUCUAUAGUCAUUCGUGAAUUUGAAUUGACGUUGCAGGCUCUUGACUGCACGACCCAUACUCGCUUGAGAAAAUAAACUGGUCCAUUUACAGCCAGUGGCGUGCUGGGUACUAUUUUUCUGGGGGGGCCAGUCGGCUGGCAACCAAUAUGCGCCCCUAUAAUAUAACGCUUGAUAAACGAGGGCCGAAGGCACGAGUCGAGCGCCGCAGGUGCGAGGUUUGUCUAGGGGAGUCCGAGGGCAUGCCCCCAGGAAAAUUUUUGAAUUUAGAGUCUCUGAAAUGCCAUUUCCUGGACUUUGGGGGAAGAUUUGACAGAAAUCUGGUGGUCAGGAAACGGCAUUACAACGUGUCGAAAUUUGCAAAUUGGUUAGAAUUUAGUAGUAGUACUUAAAUUGGGCAAUGCUAACUACUUCCAGCAAUUAAUCUAAUCCCAAUUCUAUUCUCUACUGAUCUGAAUACAUUGACAACUUGCAGCUCUUUUAUACAAUAACACACAGACCCCACGCAUAUGCAUUUUAAGGUUUUCUUGCCUGUCUGCCAAAAGGGCGCGUUUCAGCAUUAUAUCUCAUUACUUACAUUACUCAUGAUGUUUCUUGCGCAAACAACUAAAUUGCGUACACAACUUUACAUUAUCAUAACUUCAACUAUCUAAUUUGCGUCGCUCUCGUGAUUCGUGAAGCAUAAUAAAGGGUAUAAUACCGUAUAAGGGUAUAAUACCAGCAAAAAAGGGCAUAAUUCCCGUGAUCGCUUCGAAGCCUGAUCAAUAUUCCGGUAAUGAGACAUUGCGUGUGAUCACUAAUCAUGUUUCUAUAUGAACGAGUGAUUUUGUGUGAAUCAUGAGGUAGCAAAUACGGUUGGACAAAACAGUCUGCAAUUUAAUAUACUCACUUCGUCGCCUAUGCGCUUAGUCUGUUUAUAAGUCUAUAAACACAUCUUUCCUUGGCAGAAUUAGUAACUAUAUUUUUUCGAAUGCGUUUCUUCCCACCCACUUUCAAAAUUUGGCGCGGGAUCGGCGCCCCCUUUUCAUUUUUGCGCCCCCCAAAAAUUGCCAGCUGGGGGGCCAUGGCCCCCCGGCCCCCCCUGCCAGCACGCCACUGUUUACAGCACUCUGGGUACGAGGUUGAUCGGGCAUUUGAAAUGCAAGUCAUGAACUGAUCUAACUAGUUUACAUAUAGCAUUAAUCUUUAGCCUAAUUUCCUAGGUCUUUUGAACGAACAACACCAAUCUUUUUCCAAAAGUUGACAAUGUUGGAAGGUGAACUGGUGGAGGAAUACAUGGCAAGAAAGAGCGAGAUAUUUGGUUUGGCGUCUACGCACAGUUUAACCCAAAUUAUUAAAUUAAGUGGCUCCCUCAACAAGAAAAACUUAACUCAGCACAUUCAAUUUUUCCGCAACAGACUGCAUGGGUUGCCGCCACGUCUAGCCGACAUUUACUCCAUAUAUCGCCACUUCGCUUUCGAGGUAAUUCACUGCACUCGAAUUGCAUGUUGCUUAAAGUGAUGAUAAUCCCACAGUAUUACUAUUUAUAUAUUAAAUAGAUACACUCUAAAUUCCCCCCCCCCCCUCCCCCUGCGGACAUAAUUAUGUUGUGUUAAACAUUCGCAUUUAACUUAAAGUGAAGUCUUCGAGGCAAAUUACAAUAACCAUAAAGUAGAAUAAAUAUUAAACGUAAGCACGAAAUCACACAACUGAUCUGUUUUAAACAAAACACAUUACAGUAAAUGAAUAAUGAAGAGAUUAUUUUUCUGUAACCGUUAUUGAGUCAGGAAUCAGGAAUUAGAAAGUUAACAUGAGAACAAGUUAAUAAACAAGAAGUUGUUUAACUGCCGAAUCAUGCAGCGAAAAAAAUAACAGUAUUCGAUUUUUAUGCUUAAGGUCGUUAAAUUGGUGAAUAACCCUGACGUGAUUGAUUGUGGGACGGUGGAUGAAUUUUUCCAAACAAAUUUUCUCCCUUAUGUACGUUCGCUUUACGACGUCACAGUAAAAGUUCAUACAAGUAUCGACGAAGUUGUAAAACUUCUUUUGCAAGCUAUCCAAACUAAAAAGUACGAUGAAGACAAGGUACGUGUCUUAUUGUUGAGUUAUUUCAGCUGAGAGGUGUAUCACUAAAAAAACAGUGCGGAAAUUUGGGCUUUUCAAAUCCCACAUGGAUUUUGUUGGUUUAUUUUUAGGGAUUAUGAUUUUGCAGAAUUUCGAGCAUUUUUUUCAAUUUUUUUAGAAAGAUAUACGAGAGAUUCUUGUGGGCCUUUUAGGUUUUUUUUUUGGAUGGUGUGCGAUAUUUUUUUUAAUGAUACAACCCUGGAUUUCAGCAUAGGAUGUACAGUUAACAUCACACAUGUUAGAGCGCCUUUUUUUUUCUCAGCUUCUAUAUAUUUCAUUACUUUGUAGUUACGCGAGUGGAUGAGACCAAAGAUGACAAACAAAAAAGCCAGAGUGGAUUCUCUUGUCUUCAUUUUGCCUAAAGCUCUGGACACAAUAAAAGAAAGUUGCCCUGAGUGUCCAACUGAAAAAAACGUUAGGGCGCUCAUCGAGCAAGCGGGCGGAAACAAUGCCUUCAAGUCACUUUUUUCAGGUACUGCCAAAAAAGUCAGUUGUGUAGCUGUACCAAGGAACACAAUCAGCAGGGAUGUUCUCCAAGCAUUAGACGAAUGUGAGUGA